AUGGCUGAAUUGUGUUCGGCCUUCGAAGAUACUCUCCAGGAUAACAUAAAGCUUGUGAAGCACCGAUUUGAACUUUUGGCAAUCUACCGACAUGACGGCGAUUUGAACCCCCACAAAACGAACAACUUUAGCGGGCCGCCAAGGCCGGAGCUCGAGGAGGCGUGGGACAGACUCAUGAAGAAUGCAGAUAUUAAAGUCAGCCAUGCCGAGCUGGGUGAGUUUGCUGGUGAUGAUAGUGUUAUCAAACUCAGUGACGGCAGCGGCUAUUAUGUGACAGUAUCCGCUUUCCAUGGGCUGCACUGUGUCAAACGACUCCAUAUGUACAUCUAUGCGGAGCACUAUUAUGCGGGACUUUCUGAGUUCGAGCUUUUCAUGUUGCGACGACACACAGGCAUGUUACGACAGCAUGAGAAUAACACUGUCUAG